AUGGCAGGAAAUCGGCCACUGUCCGAGCUCAUUUCACGGGACCCAGCCUGUGAUUUCACUUCAUAUCAUGAGCCAGGCACGAGUGUAUAUGGGUGCCCGGUUGCCAAUAAACUGGACAGCGAGGAAACGUGCAAGGGGAGCAUACCCAGGGAAUCUGAUAAGGAUCGCGGAUGCUUUGCCUAUUUCCAAGUUAGAGUUGAAUUCGGCCUCGGAAGAGAGGUGCCGUUCACGAAUGGGGUGUGCGAUGCCCAUCAGGAAUGCAAGCUAGACGACGGCGAGACACACACGCAGUCCCGGAGCUGGAGCUUCAACGUUGGACUAGAAGUCGGCGUUGAUGGCGAUGGACCAGCAAAAGCUGCCUUCUCGGCUGGUUCCUCCGUCUCCUGGACAGAGUCGUUGGCGUACACUACCGCCAAGUCUCUUACCAAGCCAGAUAACUAUAAUGGGUGUGGCCAGUGGACGUUUAUCCCAUAUUCUGUAACGUCUUGCGGCAGCCUGUCGGCUGCCCCUGUGAAGACGAGUGGCACGGGGACAUCGUGUGGCAUGGGUGUUGGGUGUACGGGCCUCUCGACACCACAAUGCGAUAAGGACAAAGCCCAGACAACCAAGAACUGGUGCACCACGACGGGCGUCACUCUGGAUGGGAAGAACGUCGGCGCUAUAAAGUUCAUCAGGAUCAAUUGCACCACGCAGCAGCCGCUCCAAGAUGGGCAACCGGCAGUCUACUACUGGAAAGGGGUUUCCAAGCACCCAGGCUUUAAGUCAACAUGGCCUCCUCCUCCAUCAGCACAGGGAUGA